AAAGUGAGGUUGUGAACGUCUGACUCUUUUGUGGCUGUGCGCUCCAGAAAAGAGCCCCAAAAUGAGGGAAGGGAUCGUGAGUGAAAGAUCCUUCAGCGUGUGGAAGCUGCUGGGAUGGAUGUGUCUUCCGAUUCCGUACUUCAUUUACCAGAUAGUGCUGCGAAUGCGGGAGCAGAAGGCUCGCGAGACACUCCAGGGAAAGGUGGUUCUUAUCACGGGCGCCAGUUCCGGGCUGGGGGAAAGUCUCGCGCAUGUGUUCUACAUGGCAGGCUGCAAGGUGGUGCUCUCGGCCAGGCGCAAGGACGAACUGGAGCGUGUCCGGAAGGAUCUGCUGGAGUGCUACUCUCGAACGCCGACUCAUCCUCCGGUCGUAGUGCCUCUGGACCUCACUGACGUGAACGGUUUGCCCGAGAAAGUGACGGGCAUCCUCAACAUCUUCGGCAAGAUUGACAUCCUGGUGAACAAUGGCGGCAUUAGCGUACGCUCCACGGCGCUCGCGACGACCAUCGAUGUGGACAUUAAAGUGAUGCUGGUGAAUUACUUCGGUUCCGUGGCGCUGACAAAGGCCAUCCUGCCGCACAUGAUCAAACGCCAGGAGGGACGCAUCGUGUUCGUGUCCAGCGUCCAGGGGAAAUUCGCCAUCCCUCAGCGCUCCGCUUACGCGGCCAGCAAGCACGCCCUGCAGGCCUUUGGCGACUCCCUUCGUGCCGAAGUGGACGAUCAAGGUGUGCGCGUGACGAUGAUCAGUCCAGGAUACAUCAACACAGCGCUCAGCGUGAACGCCUUGACAGGCAGCGGAGCGUCGUACGGGAAGAUGGAUGCCACGACGGCGGCUGGAGCGAAUCCAGACGAUAUGGCGGGCGAAAUCCUGAAGUGCAUCCUCAGAGAUGACAAAGAUGUGAUUCUGGCACCGGUCACACCCAGGAUUGCUCAUCUCCUGCGCUACUUCUGUCCGCCACUGUACUUCUGGAUCAUGGCACGCAGGGCAUUGAAGCUGGCAGCUGAGAAUUAA